UGUCCCACCUCUUGAGGAGUGGGUACAUCCAUGUUAUAGGUUAAGCACAUGGAAUGAAAUGUACAAGUACAAAGUUCAACCAAUCAAUGGAAGAAGUAUGUGGCCAAAGUCAGAUUGCCCCACAACACUAACACCCCCCAAACAUACUACACAGGUGGGGAGACCAAAAAAGAAGAGAAAGAGAGCUCAAACUGAAGAACCAAAUAAUCAAGGUAAAAGUUUGACUAGGAAGUUCCUUACAGUUACUUGUAGCAAAUGCAAGAACAAGGGUCACAACUCUAGGAGUUGCAAGGGACAAGGGGGACAAACUGAAGUUAGAAAUGUGGUGGCAGGGGGCAAGAAGCUUAGCAAGGCAAAGAAGCAGGGAGAUGGAAAAAAGGAGAAACCCAAAAUGAAGGAGAAAACCAAACUUAAGGAUAAAUCCAAAAUGAAGGAAAAAGUUUGAUUUGUUGUCUUUUGUGUUGUUUGUUAUGGAACCUUAGAAAGGUCUUUUGUGUUGUUUGUUUUGGUACCUUAGAAAGGUCAGACUAAGUUGGUUAUUGUGUGUCUUUAUCUUUUGUUGGUAUUAUGGUUCACACAGGGUGCUAGACUAAGAUGGUUCUUUUGGUUAUGAUACAUUAGUCUGCAAGCUCUUUUGAUAUUUUUUUGGUAUUAUGACUUUGCACUUUAAGGUUAUGUAAUGAACUUUAUGACUAUGCAAAAGUUUGCAUUUUAUUUUUGAACA